AUGGCAUUCGACUCUCUCCUCUUCUUCGUCGACGAUGACUCUCCCUCCCUCGCAUACUAUCCACAGACUGACUACUCUCCAGAGCCAGACUACUCUGCUGCCUGGUCUCUCCUCUACUCCCUCUCCGGCUCUGCCUCUGCUCCAGGUCAGAUCGGCAACGGCUCCAGCUACCACAUCACCUCCCUCGACGGCGCCACUCUCCAAAUACAAUGGAACGGCACUGGCAUAGACCUUAUAGGCUCCGUCGCUAACGCUUCAUUACAGCUUUCCCUCGAUGGUCAACUUACUUCCACCCCUGCAAAUUCAACUUCUCUCCCUUCCUUCUCCGGUCUCCAGAACACAAACCACUCCCUCCUCCUCACCGUCACCAACACCACCACAUCCCCAGACUCCUACUUCAUAUUUAACAACGCCCUCGUCCACUACGGAGCUCCUCCCGCAGUUCAAAAGUGA